AUGUCAAGAAAUUACGGCUCUACUCAGACACAAAAAACGAGAUUUGUGCUGAGAGAAAAUUUGCAGACUCCGUAUAUAACAAAUCCGUUUGGGAAAUAUGCCUCGCAGUUCACGAAAACUAUUAAAGCUCCGAAGAUUGUGCCGCAUUCAAGGGCUGAUGGACCUUUGACAAGGUCGCAGUGCUCUAAUAGAAGCCCUUCACGUCAAAGAAUGUUUUUAACAUCAUCGUCUAGGCAGGAAAGUUUAGAAAAUUCUAAUUUUCAAAGGUCGUUUUCUAGGACGAAUUCAGCUCCAAGAUCAUUAAGGCCUCCAACACAUAAAAGCUACUCUAUCGUAAAAAAGAGUUCUUAUCAGAGAUCACCGAGCCCUACUACGAGAUAA